AGAUGAAUUAAACAUUAGCUGUGACUGUGCACGUCUUUCUCUCUUUGUCUAUUUGUCACGUUCCGUCAUGAGUUGGGUGGCUCUGUCUGUAUCCUCUCUAAAUUGUGGCGCACACACACAGUUUUGCCUUCACCAUUCUCUUUAACUCUCUCUCUCUCUCUCUCUCUCUCUCCAUUAUAUUCUCUUUCUCGUGAAUUAUUUGGUCAUUUUUCUAUUUUUAUAAUAAAAAAAAUCUCUUCGAAAGGUUGCGGAAAAAAAAAUUAUUAUGUGAAAAAUAAAUAUGAUUCCUCUCUCUUCCUCCCUUUUGGGUUCUGUUGGCGUGUCAUAACAGAAGAGGAAGGGCAUAAGGAGAAAUCUAAUCAUCGUAUCAUAAGAAAAAGAAAAGAAAAAAGAGGGCAUCAAGUGCAGCGAAUUCAGAGGAUGAAUGGGGUCACACACCUUGAAACAGAUGACACUGAGUUUGUUGAAGUUGAUCCCACUGGCAGAUACGGCAGAUACAAUGAAAUCCUUGGUAAAGGAGCUUCAAAGACAGUAUAUAGAGCAUUCGAUGAGUAUCAAGGGAUUGAAGUUGCUUGGAACCAGGUCAAGCUGUAUGAUUUUCUGCAAAGCCCUGAAGAUCUCGAGAGGCUUUACUGUGAAAUUCAUCUCCUGAAAACUUUGAAGCACAGAAACAUUAUGAAAUUUUACACCUCCUGGGUCGAUACUGCAAAUAGGAAUAUCAACUUUGUGACUGAAAUGUUCACCUCCGGUACACUUAGACAGUAUAGGCUGAAGCACAAGAGAGUUAACAUCAGAGCAGUGAAGCAUUGGUGUAGACAGAUCUUGAGUGGGCUUCUCUAUCUUCAUAGUCAUGACCCGCCUGUGAUCCAUAGAGAUCUAAAAUGUGAUAAUAUUUUUGUCAAUGGAAACCAGGGGGAAGUAAAGAUUGGGGAUCUUGGAUUGGCUGCAAUUCUCCGUAAAUCCCAGGCUGCUCAUUGUGUAGGAACGCCUGAGUUCAUGGCUCCAGAAGUAUAUGAAGAGGCAUAUAAUGAAUUAGUUGACAUAUAUUCCUUUGGGAUGUGCAUAUUAGAGAUGGUCACGUUUGAAUAUCCUUAUAGUGAAUGUACUCAUCCAGCUCAAAUCUACAAGAAAGUUGUUUCCGGGAAAAAGCCAGAUGCUUUGUAUAAAGUAAAGGAUCCAGAAGUGCGACAAUUUGUUGAGAAGUGCUUGGCUACAGUAUCUCUUAGGCUUUCUGCAAGGGAGCUUCUAGAUGACCCAUUUCUUCGAAUUGAUGAUUAUGAAUAUGAUUUUAGACCUGUGGACAAUGGGGAAUUGGAUGACUUUGGUCCACUCAUCAGACAGCCAUUCUUUGAUCUUCAUCGGAGCUAUAGUAAUUUCAGUAAUGAAUACUCAAAUGGCUUUGGGUAUGAAGGAGACUGGUGUCCUCAUCCGGCCGAGAUUGAACCUAGUGGAAUUGAACUUUUUGAGUACCAUGAUGAUGAACCCUCUGAAGAUGUUGACAUAAGCAUCAAGGGCAAGAGGAAAGAUGAUGGUGGCAUCUUUUUGAGACUAAGAAUUGCAGAUAAAGAAGGUCGUAUCCGAAAUAUUUAUUUCCCAUUUGACAUAGAGAUGGACACGGCAAUAAGUGUGGCAACUGAAAUGGUUGCAGAACUCGACAUUACUGAUCAGGAUGUUACCAGAAUAGCAGAUAUGAUAGAUGGAGAAAUUGCUUCCUUGGUACCUGAAUGGAGACAAGGACCAGGAAUCGAUGAGACUCCCCGUUUUGCAAAUCAAGGUUUCUGUCACAAUUGUGUGUCUAAUCAUACUUCCAGCGGAUCUCUUCUGGAUUUUCUAUCACAUAAUCCAGGUAACAAGAACAUGCAACUUCUCGAGUGUUGUAAGCAUGGAUGUGCUUCAAUGCAUGGGCGGUUUGGGGAGAUUACUUUCCAAUCUGAUGAAUAUGACAAUCAUGUUAGAGGGGAUCUAAACAUAUCAAGCCAAUCAGACUGCCGGGAGUAUCAGGCAAUAUGGAAUCAGCAUGAAAGUCGUGAACUGAGUCCUGUAGAGUCCGAUCAAAGCCAUUCUGAUGAACAAUAUGAACAAUUGGAUAAAUCAAUAUCUGCUGAAGAUCAAGGACAGAAUGUUUGGGAAAACAAGUUUGCUCCCAAUGCAGCAAAUUCCCUUCGAAAUUUAUCAGGAACGCAUGAUUUCUCCACUAUUCGGUCAUUAUAUUGUGACCUUGAGGAUGACUAUGAGAAAGAGAUCCAAAAGGAACUUAGAUGGCUCAGAGCCAAGUACCAAAUGGAGUUAAGGGAACUUAAGGAUCAACAGUUUGGGCUUAGGGCUAAAUCUUCACAUUGUAACACAGAGCACAAAACAGAAAAUGGCAUUUUGUCACCUUCACUGACAGAAACAUUAAAAGGAGGCAACAAUGGGAUUCAGUUGAAACCCAUCACUAAUAACUGGAACUGUGAUUCCAAUAGUCAUCCUCAUGUCCAUAAAAGCAGCCCCAAUUCUGACACCCAAAGGGCCCAAAAUUGCGAGGCGAUGGAAUCCCCUGUAGAAGGUAUGGUUACUGCAAAGAGUUUUUACACAGGCUCCUUGCUUCCACACUCUCUGCACAGGACAGUUUCCCUCCCAGUUGAUGCUGUUGAUAUAUAAUUUUGUGAGGCACUCAUUGGAUUCUUUUGUAGAUUAAAUACAUAUAUAUAUAAAUCCCCAUAUAGAGGUUAUCUGAUUUCUACAUCCCUUCCACCUUUUUUUUAGGAAUUUCAAUUCACCUCAUGGAAACCAGUAGCUAAUAGCCAUAAUCCUCCUCCCCCUGGGCCCAAAAAAGGCAUCAAUAUACAUUUGAGUGUCAUUUAUUUAGGAAAAGAAAAUCAGAUUUUGAUUACGAAUGUUAGUGAUCGUGAAUUGGAUAAUUGAGGCAUGUAAGAUAUCAAAGUUCAAAGAUGGGUAGAGUCUAUGUAAAUUUGUCAAGUAUCUUCUAUCUCCUACGUUAUGAAACAAGUAUUGAAUAAGACCUUAGCGUGUUAAGUUGCUUGCUUUAUUUUUUUCCCUCUCUGAAUAGAUAUGCAAUAAUUGAGUGUAGCAACUUGGUCAAAUCUACCCUUAAACCAUAGAUGAGCGGGUCCCGAGUGAAGCGCGUGCUUAUUCAUCCAUUUAGCUUAUGUGAUUGUACCAAAACCAAGAACAUAGUUAAAAUUGAAAUGCCUUGUUGCUAAUCCCGUUUAGCUAUUUAUGGACAAAGCAACUGAAUAGGUUGUAACAUGGAUGCACUGGUUGCAUCAUGAUUAUGGAUGUUAUCGUGUUAAAGUUAGUGCUAGAGGAAAGAAACUCAAUUAAUUAUAUUUAUAUGCAUGAGCAUGAUGAUUGAUAAGGGAUGGGGCUGAAUAUACGUUGACAAGGGAAUCAAUUAUUAAUUUUUGGUCUAUAAAUUAUUUGGCAUGACAGUUCUGACUGGGCGUUGCUGAAUGGGAUGUUUUCUGAACUUUUUGCUCCGCUUCACGGAGGCCCUUUGCUUUUUGCUCAAUCAUGGAUGAUGAGGUUGUUUUCUAAAGGCAAUCAAUUAAUUGGAUAGAAAAGGAUAUUAGCAAGAAUAAGAGAAAGAAAGGCCCACCAAAAGAAUCAAAUUCCAUGUUUCUGCUAACCAAGUUACUUGCUUGAUGAUAUUAUUAAUUUAAUAAUAAUUAAGGUUCGU